AUGACGUCGAGCAACACCGGCCUCGCCAAAUACCUCUCCACGCACACGUCCUUCCAAGACCCGCGCUCGUCCUCUUCUCCCCUUCCCGCACUCUACUCCGAUCUUUCGCGGCAGCGCAAAUCCAAUCCUGCCGGCUACCGUGCUAGCGUCGAGUGGUGGAAGGGCAUUCUGCUGGAUGUCACCUUUGCCGGUGUUCAGUUCGACCGUGAUCCACCAUCUUCCACAUCAAUCUCAGCCUCAGGGAUGGGCGAAGUAGUAGACCGAACGACUUUUCGCCUGGACGAGUCCACCAAAGCGCGAUGGACAAUCCCCGGUGUCGGCCGCCCUCUAGGCCUCGGCACCGUCAUCGCGGACCUCGAGCGCGAACGCACCGUCAUCCCGCUCUCCUCAUACCUCAAGUCUCCGACACCCCUUUCCGGCCCCUCCCCCUCCUCAGGUCUGCGAUCCUACAUCCCAACAACACGCGGCGUAGCAUCAGCUCUGCUCCUCACACCAGCAAAAUGGGCCGCUUCUUCCCUAUACACCCUCGCCCUCGGCUCCAAGGAAGACGAUGCAGAGUACAGCGAAGACGAGCGUCUGUUCCGACUCAAGCGCGGUGAAUGGGUCUUCUUCCCCCUGGUCGAGCGUCUCUCCACCUCCUUUUUGAUGCACUUCUACGCCAACGAGGCCUCCUUGUCGCCACUAUCGCUGCUCAUGACGACGUCGGAGUUUCACACCAAGCUAGCGGCGCAGUGUGGAUUUGAGCCGUCCGAGCGGGAUGCGUUGCUGGUGCUCAAGUACCUUUCUCGGGAUCGACGCGAGGGUCCAGCAGCGGUGGUGCAGGACGGGCUGAUCAAGUUCGCACCAACCGAAUACGACCCUGUCGAACCAAUCACCUCUGAAGAUCGUGACAUCCUCGCUGUUCACUCCACCCUGCUUCGGCUCGAUACGCAGAUCUCUUCGCUCGAAACCCAGAUCACCACCCGUAACGAGAGCAUCAAGACCGCUCUUCGGGCUAACAACCCAAGCUUGGCCAAAACCCACCUGCGCAGCCGCAAAGCUCUCGAGGAAGCUCUGCAGAAACGUCGUGGCGUGAGAGAGACGCUAUCGGGCGUGCUAGCAAAUAUCGAACAGGCCAAGGGCGACGUCGAGGUCAUGCGCGCUCUCAAGGCGAGCGAAGGCGUGUUGCGCGGCGUGUUGGGCAGGAAGGAGUUGCAGGUGGAGAAUGUGGAAAGUGUCAUGGACGGGUUGCAGGAGCUGGUGGGUGUGCAGGACGAGGUGGAUGGUGUGAUUCGGGACGGGGCGAGGGUGCAUGUGGAUGAGGAGGAGAUGGAGGAGGAGUUGCGGGUGUUGGAGGCGGAGAAGCGGCGAGAGGAGGGGGAGAAGACGGAGAGGAGGGAGGGAGAGGAGAGAGAGAAGAGGGAGCGGGAGCGGGAGGAGGCGAAGAAGGUGCAGGAGAGCAAGGAGGCGGAAGACAAGAAGCAGGAGGAGGAGCUCAAGGCGCGGUUUGAGCGAUUGAGAGUUGCGCAAGGUCCCAUCUCGACACCAGGCGAGACAGCAUCACAGACACAUGCGAAGGAACCCUCAUUGUCGAAAGAAGCCAUCACCGAAUAG